GGGGAGUCUCAUGGAGGCGUCGCGGGGCGGGGGCUUCGGAGGGCGGACCAUGGGACGGAGCAGGAGGAGGAAGGCGGCGGAAGGGGGCCUCUGAGGAGGAGAGAAGCAGGAGCAGCGGCCCCGGGAACGGCGGGGCUCGCUCACCUGGAGGAGGAAGCUGUUUUUCCAGGAUGGAGAUGGAUCCAGACAUUUUUGGCCCCGCUGGAGAUGACCUAAGCUCAGAAUCGACCUGCUACCAAUGUUCCACAUGCUGUGCUGAUGAUGAUCGCAGUUGUGCCAGCUCCAUGCGGAGCCGCUCGAAGACACGCAGUUUAUCUGCUUCUCCAGCCCAGGGCAGCACCAGAGAAUUCAGCUUUCCUUGCAACCUCUUGAAAAGGAGAGAGAAAGGAACAGUGAUAGGAGAAAGUGGGAGGACGCGCUCCUUGCAUGGACCAUGCCCAGUGACCACAUUUGGACCAAAAGCCUGCAUGCUGCAGAACCCCAAAACUAUCAUGCACAUUCAGGACCCAGGAAGCCAGCGGUUGACAUGGAACAAACCUCCGAAGAGCGUCCUUGUAAUAAAAAAAAUCAGGGAUGCAAGUCUCCUGCAGCCCUUUAAAGAACUCUGCAUCUAUCUCACAGAGGUGAACAACAUGAUUGUUUAUGUAGAGAAAAAAGUGCUGGAAGACCCGGCCAUCAUGAAUGAUGAUAGUUUUGGACCAGUGAAGAAAAAAUUUUGCUCUUUCAGUGAAGACUAUGAUGAUAUCUCAAACCAGAUAGACUUUAUCAUCUGCUUGGGAGGAGAUGGGACCUUACUGUAUGCUUCUUCACUUUUCCCGGGGAGUGUGCCUCCAGUUAUGGCUUUCCAUUUGGGGUCCCUUGGAUUUCUUACCCCCUUCAAUUUUGAGAAUUUUCAGUCCCAAGUCACUCAGGUUAUAGAAGGCAAUGCAGCACUUGUUCUCCGAAGCAGGCUUAAAGUGAAAGUUGUCAAGGAGCACAGGGAGACGAAAACAGUGAUUCAGAACAGGAUUGAAGAAAAUGGAGUGAUGCCUCCAAAUCUGGAGAAAGAAAUGUUCAAGCAUGCUAUUCAAUAUCAGGUCCUGAAUGAAGUUGUGGUGGACCGAGGUCCUUCAUCCUACCUCUCGAAUGUGGAUGUCUUUCUAGAUGGACAUCUGAUAACUACAGUGCAAGGAGACGGUGUCAUUGUCUCCACUCCAACGGGUAGCACAGCAUACGCAGCUGCAGCGGGUGCUUCCAUGAUCCACCCAAACGUUCCUGCGAUUAUGAUCACCCCCAUCUGCCCGCACUCGCUGUCCUUCCGGCCCAUUGUUGUUCCUGCAGGAGUGGAACUGAAGAUCAUGCUUUCUCCUGAUGCCAGAAACACAGCAUGGGUUUCAUUUGAUGGACGGAAGAGACAGGAAAUCUGCCAUGGGGACAGUAUCAGCAUCACUACCUCAUGUUACCCUCUCCCAUCGAUCUGUUUCCAAGACCCUGUCAGUGACUGGUUUGAAAGCCUGGCUGAGUGUUUGCAUUGGAACGUUCGGAAGAAGCAAAAUCACUUUGCUGUGGAUGAGGAAGAAGAGUUUUGAAUGCUGGUGCUAGUGGGGCACAUGGGAUGAGAUGACAAAUAGCACUAUCCCUUAUGUAUAAAAUGUAUUUUUAAGCCUAAAUCGACUGGGAUUAAACCAAUAUGUUGUGCUAUAUAUGUAUAUAUAUGUAUAUACAUAUACAUGCAUAUAUAUAAUUUUUUUAAAGAAGACAGCAGUGUACCUCAUAUCAGUCUGUUCUGCUGAUGACCAGAUAUCAUGUUAUUUUUCUGUCCGUCGGGAAUGCUUGAGUUGAGAGUAACUAGAGAUGCAGUUUGUCGAUCAAAGAAAUGUUUGUAAAUGUGCAAUGUGUUUUCUGGGGAAGAAAAGUUUUGCAGAAGCCUUAUUAAAAUGGUUGGCGUUCCUUUGGACUUGUUCCCAACGUUGGCUAAUCCCAGGGUCUCUUACCAGCCACGAUUUUGGUGAGCUAAGCAAAUGGUUGUUAAAAUGGCACUUGUAAAAUGUGCAGCUCUGCGCACUUAGAACAGCAUCCUGUUAGCCAAGUGAGAAGGAUCAGUGAGACUGCUCCUUCUUGUUUGUUUGUUCUCUUUGUCCUCGGUUUACGAAAAAAGGGUCUUCGCAGCUGCUGAUUUUUCAUUCCUGUGUUUCUCUGUGUUUUUACACUGUUGUCACUGAUAUAUGUCUGUACUAAGUUCAUUAGACCUCUUUGAUGAUGGUUGAAACAAGCAGACCUCUCUUCCCACUCCUCUACCCUAACAUCAGGAAGAAUAAUCCAGACAAGCUUUUGACGCUCUUCCUUGAAUAUGACAGUAGUUGGAAGCAUUUGGCUUCUCGCUGUGCAUUUGAAGGACAUGAGUGCGCUUUUGAGAUUUGAAAACGCAGGCCAGUGUUGCACAAAAAUGUACUCUGGGUACAUCUGUUGAAGAAAUGCUGCAAUGAGUAAUGUCAGAUGUGUGCUGCAGCACUCCUGAGCUUGCUGCUGUGCACAUUCUUUGCACUGGAGAUGUCCCCAGGGAAUUAUGGGGAAUUAAAGUUUCACCUGAGCAUGAGAAACCUGUGGAAUUGUUUUUUAAAAAGAUGCUGUACAUAUGUACAGCAGUUUCUUUUCCCAUAUGUAGCCAUUUCAUUGUAAUGGUUGGCUCUUAAGACGUUUGGGAGCAUCUUUUAAAGUGGCAAUGUGGGAUUCCGAGUAGAUGACUUGCGGGCUCAAAAGCAUCCCUUGCAGCUCUCUGAGGCCAAGCCCUGCAGAAAUAUUUGGUGAGUGAGAGCUUCCAGGCCCAUUCCAGGUGAAACUUUGCUUCUGUAUACUUUUCCCAUUUGCUCUGCUGCACAAGGAGGCAUCGCAUUGUGCCAGAAUUGACCUGCGAGGCCGGUUCCAUAAUCGCUGCGCUUAUAUGAGCAAGCCAGAAGGUUUCACUCCAGAGUUCUUUGUCUUGUAAUUCUGAAGCUCAGCUUGUAUGUAUGUACUUUUAAAACGAGGAUGUCUUUCUGCAUCAUUCAAACUCGACACCAGAAGCAAGCACAUAGCCAUGAUCCAGCCAGCAAGGAAUGGCAGCUUGAGAUGCCAGUCCCCCUGUUUAAAGAGGCUGGCUUGGCUUUUGUCUUCUGAACGCCUGAGCUUUACUAGCGCUGUUCGGGUGGGAAGACUCUAAAUGCUCCUUAACUCAAGAAUGAAGCCGGUGGCUCUGAAAUGAGGGCUGUCCCCUGGUUAGUUUCUGACCAGGAUAUCAAAAGGAUUGUUCAACUGGAAGACCAGGAGACAUUCCUAGCAUUUUUUCCUAUGGUGCCUUCAACACACUGUGGUUUCUAUCUCAUAGGCGUACCUGUAUUUUGAAAUUGCACACUGCUUUUAUGAAGAUAAAAGGGGACUGUCAAGAAAACAGAGGCUGUUCUAAAAACCAAUGUACUUUUUUCCUUCUAAUCCCUGCCUUAUCCCCGCAGUUGAAGGGUAAGAUCCUCCUGCUCAGUUGAAACUCAGGUGAAUCUGUGGCAUCAAAAGGAAGCUUAAUAGCACAUCCUUGUUUUGAAGGAUGAGUGGGAUGUGCCUGCGUUUCCGUUCAUAAAAGUGUUACCUCCUCCAUUCAUUAGAAUGUGCAUUUUACAACUGGUUUGUGCUUUUUCAUUCUGCUGCAGGUGGUAGGUCCAGCCUUUUACAUUUCCAUUUAUGUUCUUUGCUUCCCCUGCUCCUCCUCUUCUGCAAAAAUCUUGAGACAUUCUCAAGAAUGGGGUAAGUUAGUGUGCCCCAAAUAAGCUAAGCAGACGUCUGUCAGUGUGUCGUGGCUGGCGCUAACUUGACCCUAUUUAACAUGUAAAAAUGUCUUUCCCCAAAGCAUUCAUUGAAUGUGUGAAUGCUUUUAUUCCUCCACCAUGUUCUUUCUCGUGUCUGUUUUGCACAGGACAGAUUUUCAGCUUUCGGCAGUAGUGUCAGCUGCACUAAAGUAUCUGUGUGUAUGUAAGUUAUGUGCUUGUGUAACAGCAAGUCUUGUGAAUGUUUUGUGUGUUAGAACGGCGGGUUUGGACUUGCUGGAUAGAUUUUUAAAGUUGGUCUGAAAGAGCAAAGGAUUGUGAAUUGCUCCUCACCCCUCCUUCCCUCUCUUUGUAAGGAACUUCAAAAAGCUAUUUUAGAUACUUGUUUUCACUUGAAUUGUAUAAUUUAUGUUAUCACCUUUUUUAAAAAGUCAUGGGGUUUCUAGAAGGCACGGUAUUCAGUUUUUGAAUGCCUCCUUGAGCAGUAGUGAUGGAGCAUUGCUUUAGAACGGCUCUGUAAACAUGCUCACAAAUGUUACUAGCCUGAAAGAAUCCUUACUAGUUCACUGUGGGCUCUCAGAGGAGAGGCAAGAGUUUCAUUUGUCUGCUGGUCAUUGAGCAAUGGACUGCAACUCUGGGAACCAGGUUUGAAUCCUUGCUUAGCCAUGGAAAUCCAUUAUGUGACCCUUGGGCAAGUCAAAGACUCUCAGCCCCAGAGGAAGGCAAAGGCGAACCUAUCUGAACAAACCUUGCCAAGAAAAGCUCCUGUGAUACGUUUGCCUUGGAGUCACUGUGUGUCACGAAUGACAUGAAAGCGCACAACAACAACAGGGAUUUUUCUCCACUUACCAGCCUGCUAGGUUUUUAUGCUGGGCACACACAGUCCUCCAUCCUUCCUCCAAUAUCCUGCUCACUUCCAAGCAGUUUCCAGUUACCUCUGGUGACCAGGAUAGCGCUUAAAUGUAAGUUUGCUUCAUUGCAAAAUUAAUGAAAUAAUGAAGAACAGGGUAAAAGGCUUUGCUAGUUAGUGUUCAUAUGAAGUACUUUGAUGCAAGAAAGGAUUAGUAGCAGAAGCAAAAACUCAUUACAGAUGAGAUUACAAAAUACGCCGAGCCUUCUUUAGGAGAUUGAGUUUGUAGAACAUGACCAAAGUAACCAUAAAAAUUCAGCACCUGUGCUAAAGAAACUACCAACGUUUUUCAAUAUACACACCUUGGUGCCGGAGCCAGAAAUCCUUCCUUGCUCCAGUGUUUCACAAUCACCAUCCCCGUAAUGCCAACACUACCAAGAAAAGCAUCCAGCAAAAUGGGUGGUAGGAAACAGGUGUGUAAAAAGGAGUUUCUUUCUCAUAUUGCAACUUUGUGCUGCAAAAGCCAGUAACAGAACCCUUCCAGCUAUACAGAGAAUACAAGAAAGGGGGCUGUUGUUACCUAAGGCUUUGUUACCUGAGCUAUGAUUGUGUUUCCCAGAAAGAACAUAUGAUUGCACCUUGGUGUAAAGAGCUGUGUCCUACCAACCCAGUAAGUACCAGCUGCCCUUGGAUGCUUUCAAAGCAUCCCUGGCCUAGCAGCUAUUUGCUUAUCGUUAUGUCCAUUCCCAGCAUCCUAAAAUGUGGCAACAAAGGGAGAUGCAGCAGAGAAGGGUUUGGGGUGUAUGCUGGUGACAAGGAACUGGUUGGCCUGAUAUCCUCCAGAGGUCUAAUUGUUAAACUUUGUUAUCGUCAAACCUAAUGUUAAACCCAUAUCCGGAAUUCUGAACGUUGUAAAGAAAAAAUGCCUAACAUUUCAUACUGUUAAUGCUUUGAAAACUUGUAAAAUAUUGCUGAGAGCAUACCUAUUUUCCAGACCUUUUCAAUAAAUCUUUCUUUUCCAAA